CAAAGUCACGAGCCUCAGUCACAGAGCCAAAAAAUAAAGACCUCAGAAGAUAUUCUUUGAAAUUCCACUUAGCUCUCCUACGACCCUUAGGACCCAAAAAAUAAGCAUAUGGUGGGUGUCUUCCUUGUUAUUAGCUGAUAAACUAACAUGGGUCUUGAUAAAUUCAGGGUAGAGAUUAAAUAAAGCCAAGAUUUUGGAACUGGCCUGAAUUUCAAGAGGGAUUUCACCGAAAGCUCAAGAGGAUUUCGGUAACGAGCUCUGGUGGCAGAAUAGGGAUUGUCAAGAUCCAAUUUUGCAUUGAAUUUGAUGGAAAUUGAGCUUGUUUUGUGCGAUCGGAGGCUUCAGAAUCCAUUUUGGUUGCAGAAAUUUCGAGUUCCAUUGUUGUGAAAACCCCAAGUGUACUGAUAUUCUUUAACAGAGUAUUAUAAAACUAUUAAGGGUAAAAUCUUACUACUUGAAACUUUGGGGAUGCUUAAUGUAAUUUAAUAAAUAUUAGCGUCCAUAGUCCAUACAUAAUUACAUAUACUGGGCCAGAAACCUCCGUCGGCCCAAUUCACUUGCCGGUCAAACCCCGCCGUCAAAGACUUCUCAUUCAGCCGAGCACGGCGGCGACGGGCAGUAACCAGCUCAGUGGGUGGUGUUUUUCCGGCGGGAAUAUAGCGAAGAUAUGGAAAAUGAGAAUAAACUAGAGAGUUUCGUGCUGGUACAUAACAUAGCAAAGAGACACAACGUCGGAACCUUAGCUCGUAGCGCCACCGCGUUCGGCGUCUCGGAGAUGAUACUCGUCGGCCGUAGAGAUUUCAACGCUUUCGGUAGCCACGGCUCCACUUCUCACGUCCGUUUCCGCCACUUCCACUCCCUUGCCGAUGCUAAAACCUUCCUCAAGGAAAGAGAUUGUGAUAUAUGUGGAGUUGAAAUUACAGAAAACGCGGUUGCAGUAAAUGAGCAUCCUUUUAAGAGAAGUACUGCUUUCCUGCUGGGUAAUGAGGGUACUGGACUUUCUGCAAAAGAGUGUGAGAUAUGUGAUUUCUUUGUAUAUAUUCCACAAUAUGGGUGUGGUACUGCUUCAUUGAAUGUGACUGUUGCUGCUUCCAUUGUUCUGCAUCAAUUUGGAGUUUGGGCUGGAUUCUCUGAGAGAACACGUGAAGGGAACAAGUUCAUUGUGGCUGAAAGACCUUUUAAACAGGCAAAGAAAAAUUACUGCAUGGAAUCAUCUGAAUCUGUUGCUGAGGAGCGAAGACUGAAGAGGGAAAAUCUUUCAAAUGGGUUCUUUGAAGAUGCUGGAAAAGAGGAAUCACCUUCAAAUCUUUUAGAUACCUUGUUUGAUGACUAGUGCCAGGGAGAAGAGAAAACUACCGAUAUUAUGCUUCCUUCAGCCUCAUCCUCAAAGUUGUGCUGAUUUACUUAGAUAGAAACAAAGCAAAUCAAACGGGGAUUUAAGUUAUUGAUGGAAUGAACUGUGGAAGAGUUGGAAUUAGGAACCCUAAGCAGUCGCGCUAACCAGCCACCACCAUGGAGUAGCAUUUUCACAUGAUCUUUGUAUUUGCAAGUUCAGUAAGGGAUUUCAUGUUUAGCAUGUUCAGUCUUCUGUUUGAGAUAUCAAACUGCUAAUACUACAUAAAACUAGAUCAGACAUGGCAUGUGCCAUUGUUUAGUCAAGGAUGAAUCAUGUUUGUUGUACCCUUGACCUCGGUUUUGUCAUUUCUUAAAUAUAAUGUAAUUUCAGACUAGCAAA